GAUAUUGGAUAUUGGAUAUCCCAUUUAUGUGUACCGUACACUUGAUUAGGCGCCAGGUGUCAUUUACAUGAGUUACAUGAUGGCUUUCGGUUAUGUUACCAGGCGAGUGUUCCCUGUCGCAAGGUUGUUACCUCGAUUUUCGUCUUCAGUAAGUACUGCAGUUGCCGGAGGGAUAAAAGAUAGGAUGCUCAAGUUCAUUACUGACAACCGUAGUCUUGUUGAUGAAGUUUCCGGAGAUAUGAGUGUACCUGUGGAGAAAAAUCUAUCAUGGCUGCAAAAGGAUCUCCUCUUGGAGAUUUCCGAAAUAGAACCGGACACUAGUCAUGGAGUAAUCAAGCCCAGUACUAGAGAAAAUCCUAACUUAGUCGGUAGUUCUAGUAUCAGAAUGGUUCAAAAAUGCAAUUGUAGUCCUCACGACCAUCAUUUAAAACAUCUGGUUUUGUAUCGUAAUCUCCCUGCACGUUGCUUCUGUGGUCAUUGGUUCCUUCUUGUUGAUGAACAAAUGUACGAGGAAGAGCGAGAAAAAAAGUGGAAUGAAAUUAAGAAUAAACCAGAAAAUGCUGACCUGCUUAAACGAUUUGAUGUUUUGGAAAAAGAACUAAAUAUCCUUUUAGCAAAAGGAAAAUCUAUGACACCAAAGUCCCCUGGUGCCAAUGAAAUGAUGGACAGUAUGGCUCUAAAAUGGAAGGAGCUAAAAGAAGUGUAUGUUAACAUACGCAAAACCAUGUUACUUGACUGAGUUAUGUAGGUUUUUUGUACUUCAAAGUAGACAAGUGUUGGCCAGUUUAGCACUAGCCAACAGUUCUAAAUGGUCUUGUUGAAAUCAUUAAAUAAUAAAAUUGUUCUUUACAGU